CUUUGUGUGUGAAGUCGGACUAGACUCUGUAGGGAAAAUGGCGAAGGUAGCGCUCUUCCUGUAGAACCGCGGAGCCAGCAAGAGGAAGGAGUACAGGACACGCCAGUCACCUGCCGCCGCUAGAGCGACGUGAAGACACGAAGACCGUCUCGUCGCAACUUCCGCACUGUCCGACCGCGUUGUCUCGCGCUCGAUUGUGGAAACUCGACUCGUGGUGGUGAAGUGGCAGUCCGGACGCACUCCCGCGCGGGGCAGCCACCACUGCUUUACCUGAGACGGUGGGAACUUUGGACACUAAAGACUUUCACUAAACUUUGUAGGUGUAGUGAGGCCUAAUGGCUUACUCCAACGCCUACGGAGGUGGCUUUGGGGAUAACUUGCCUCCUGUACCUGUGAGGGUUGCCUCGGUGAAGACAGACAAGAACGGAGCUGGCUCAGACAGCAAGAAGAAGAGGUGGUUCAAAGGUGGCGGGAGCAGUAACCCAGGGAAAGACAAGCCAGAGAUAUCCUCUCCAAUAGAUUUCGAGCACACAGUACACGUCGGUUUUGACCCAAACACAGGAGAAUUCACAGGAAUGCCUGAAGCAUGGGCGAGGCUGCUACAGAAUUCUGGAAUCAGUGCAGCGGAGAAGAAGAAGAACCCGCAGGCUGUCGUGAAGGCACUCGAGUUUUUCACGCACAACCAGUCGGCCGCCGGAAUGGAAGAAGGGAAGUUCAUGACGGCUCCGAGAUACACUGCUGACGAAGGCUCUGGCUCUCAUACUAGACCGGCCAUUAGUGAUACCACUUUCACACCUCUGGCGCCCGUUCGACCAGCGCCCCAGCCCCCCAGCGAGGACCUUGCGCCCAACAUCCCCCCUCGGCCGCCCAUCUCGAAGGCUGCCAGUAAAGACAUGCCACCCAUACCGCCCCCUAAGACACCACUUAAACCCCCAACUCAGGGCUCAGCAGGCGGAGCUCAGGCAGCUCAGAACCAGAAGAGAGAAAAGAAGCCAAAAAUGUCAGACGCUGAAGUUGUCCAACAUUUACGGGCCAUAGUGAGUGUUGGAGAUCCCACAAAGAAGUAUACGAAGAUGGAGAAAAUCGGGCAAGGAGCGUCAGGUACUGUAUUCACUGCAGUGGAAGUUGCGACUGGCUCGCAAGUGGCCAUUAAGCAAAUGAACCUCGCACAACAACCCAAGAAGGAACUCAUAAUAAACGAGAUUAUCGUCAUGAAGGAGAUAAAGCAGCAGAACAUUGUCAAUUUUGUGGAUAGUUUUUUGGUCGGAGAAGCGGAGCUUUGGGUUGUGAUGGAGUAUUUGGCCGGAGGAUCACUAACAGACGUGGUGACAGAGACGGUCAUGAACGAGAGUCAGAUCGCUGCAGUCUGUCGAGAGUGUCUUCAGGCCCUGGAGUUCCUGCACGCCCACCAGGUCAUCCACAGAGACAUCAAGUCUGACAACAUCCUCCUCGGAAUGGACGGACAAGUCAAACUCACCGACUUUGGAUUCUGUGCUCAAAUCAGUCCAGAGCAGAACAAGCGGUCGACGAUGGUUGGGACGCCUUACUGGAUGGCACCCGAGGUGGUCACCAGGAAACAGUAUGGACCCAAAGUAGACAUCUGGUCUCUGGGGAUCAUGGCCAUAGAGAUGGUGGAGGGAGAGCCUCCGUAUCUCAAUGAAAACCCUCUCAGAGCUCUGUACCUGAUAGCGACAAACGGGACGCCAGAACUACAGAACCCUGAGAAACUCUCCCGGACAUUCAGAGACUUCCUCAACAAGUCUCUAGAGAUGGACGUCGACAAACGAGGAACUGCCACCACCCUUUUGCAGCAUCAUUUCCUAAAGAAAUCAGCUCCCCUAUCCAGUUUAACCCCUCUAAUUCUCGCGGCCCCGGGAAAUGGCAGGGAAGCACUAAUUAGAAUGCUCCUAGGCGUCCACGUCCUACACGGUUCCCCGGCGUCGCUAACGCAGCGCCGGGCAACCGUCCCGUACGAAUUGUACCACCACGACCAGGAUGCCCUGUACGACCUAAUGCAGAGCUACGCCGGCGAGUUUCCCCACAUCGCCCGGCUCUAUUCCAUAGGGCAGAGCGUGGAGGGAGUCGACCUGUGGGUGAUAGAGAUUAGCGACAACCCGGGCGUUCACGAGCCAGGCGAGCCCGAGUUCAAGUACGUCGCCAACAUGCACGGGAACGAGGUGACGGGGCGGGAGACGCUACUCUAUCUCAUGCAGUACCUCUGCGAGUUGUACGCCGUUGACGACGGCGUCACGGAGCUCGUGGACUCGACUCGCAUCCACCUCCUACCCGCCAUGAAUCCGGACGGAUACGCCGAAGCGUACGAAGGCGAUGUCGGCGGAACUACCGGUCGCCGAAACGCCAACGGCUUCGACCUAAAUAGGAAUUUCCCCGACCGUUUCAAGUCUCCGGAGGAUUCGCCUCCCAUUCAGCCGGAGACGCAGGCCGUCAUUGAAUGGAUUCAAGACUACCCAUUCGUCCUGUCUGCAAAUUUGCACAACGGAGCCCUGGUCGCGAACUAUCCGUACGACGCCACGGAGGACGGACGCUCAAUUUACAGCAGAUCGCCGGACGACGAUAUCUUUAUUCAACUGGCGAAAGCUUACUCCUUUUCGCAUCCCACUAUGCACCUCGGAGACACGUGCGGAGAUGCGUUUACGGACGGUAUCACUAACGGAGCCGACUGGUACAGCGUCAACGGUGGGAUGCAAGACUACAACUACUUGAACUCGAACUGUUUCGAGAUCACAAUUGAGCAGGGUUGCGUAAAGUUCCCCUAUGCCGCAGACCUGCCUGACAUAUGGGCAGAAAACAGAGUACCGCUCCUUGCAUUAAUUAGCGAGGUCCACAAAGGCCUGGCCGGAUUCGUUACAGACGAAAGGGGCAAACCAAUUGCAAAUGCCAGUAUUGAUAUUGUUGGUAGGAAUCACUCGGUGACAACAACUAAGGACGGUGAAUACUGGCGUCUCCUUUCCCCCGGUGUGUACUCUGUUGCAGUGUACGCAGACGGAUUUUCCUCCAUGUGCCAGAAGGGAGUCGAGGUACCAAACGACGGUAGACUGAGUCUCAACUUCACUCUCACGCAGUUGAACGUUCGUGGAGAAGACAAAAGCUUUGCGUGUUGUUCCAUUAUUAUGGCACUGCCGUCCACACUAGCCAUUAGCUUCGGCCUACUCAUCUUGAGUCUUUUACAGUAG